CCUGCCAGGUGCCUGUUCAGGCAGGAUGAGUGGAGUUCGAGGCGGGCCCUCGGGCCUGGACUCGCUGCUGGCGGGAGUGCACGGUUUUAGCAAGCCCUCGCUGCACGACAUGAAGGUCAAUGGUGGCAGCGCCCUGUCGGGCAGCCGAUUCGGCUCAGGAUCGCCACCGCAGGGACACCAAACUGCGUCGGCCGGCAGCGAUGCCUCGACCAUGGAGCACUUGAUGAAGUCACGGUCCAGCCCGUCGCUGGCGCGGCAGCAGACGUCACAGACAUCGGCAUCCAGUGGCAGCUUGAGCAGCCUUGGCAACCGCCCGCCUGCGACAGGAGUAUUUGGCGAUCUGUUGGGCGACAUUCCGGGCGCUCUGAGAGGUGGCAGCUCGAUGCGGCAGAGCGCUACGACCACAGUGCCACCUGCCAAGCCUGCCGCUGUCUCUCAACCACCACCAGCAAAAUGUUCAGUGGCGCCUGCAGCACGUGCCACAGACGAGGACCCGUUUGCUAUCUUUGGCGGCCCGCCGCUAACAGCAGACAGCAGUGGCAGGGUGCACGUAGCUGAUGGCUGCGGCAGUGGCGCUGCAGCAAUGUCAGCGGCAGACAUAGACGACAGCUUCCUGGCUGCCUUUGCACCGCCCGUGCCACAGCAGCCUACCAUUGCAGCUGCAGCAGCAGCGGCACCUGCGAAAAGUGUCUCGAACGGUUUUGAUUACGUUCUUGGCUGCGAGGGCCAUGAGAUGCUGGCGCCCGCUGCCGCCGUGCCUAUCAGCCAAGCGCAGCCGGGCCGCGCGACGCAUCCAUCGCCAGCAGCAGGAAGAAGCAGUGGCAGUUCUUCUGGGCGGCAAGGUCUGGGGAUGGCAGGUGCCACCGCUACCCGCAGCUUUGGCUAUGAACAGCCUGGCAGUGCUGCUGCUGCUCCUGGCCAGUCACGCUACCGGGUGUUUGAUUAUGUGCAGCCUGAGGAGGAAUGCCAAGGAGGCUGUCAGUGACCUGGGACAGAAGGCUGCCAAAGCGCUGCAGAGCGGCACCAAGUGGUUCAUGAAGGCCAGCAAGACCCUGGUGACGCAGGUCCAGCAGCGCUUGGAGCACCACGGUGGCAGCAAUGCCGCCGCCGGACAAGAACGGCCGUUUAGCCCCGGUGAGCCUGAGCCCUUCCAUUACGAUUGGGCCACGCAGCUGGCACGCAUCUCCCCUGGAAGUCGCUCGGCGGCGCUGGGCGCAAUGGCCGAGGACGAUCGACUGGCGGUGCAGGAUGACGGCGGCAGUGGUGGCAAUGCAAAUGAGCCAGAAGAGCGGCGUAUGCUGCGGCAGCGGCGCAUCCAAGAGAAACACGAGCGCAUGAUGCGCCAGUUGACAGAGAAGCGAGCACGUGAUGAGGCAGAGGCCGCCGAAAAGUCUGGCAAGGUUGAGUUGCGCGCGUCUUUGCAGCCCAAGAUUGACGCCUGGUCGGCGGGCAAGAAGGACAACAUCCGCGCCCUACUGGCCAGCCUGCACACCGUGUUGUGGGAGGACAGUGGCUGGACGCCGCCCAGCAUGGCAGAAAUGGUCGACAACAACAAGGUGAAGCGCACCUACAUGAAAGCCAAUCUAGUGGUGCACCCUGACAAGGUGAAGCAGAAGGGCGGCAGCCUGGAGCAGGUCACUGCGGCUGACAUGGUGUUCCAUGUUCUCAAGGCCGCCUGGAGCAAGUUUGUGUGAUUCACUUGCUCUGCUGAGCCUUGAAAUUGGGAAUGUACAUUGUGUAAACCACAUCCU